AGCUUCGUGUUUUCAGAUGCAAAUAAUUCGCGGAGAGAUGGAUGGACUUCAGCCCCUCCUACUUUCAUCCCUCUUCUUUAUUUUCCUGCGAAGGAAUCCAUCUGUACGGAUCUGUCGGGAGGGAGGUGGAGGAGGGUGCCCGUGUGUGCGCGCGUGUGUGUGUGUGAGUGUGUGUGUGCGCGCGCGUGCCGGCUGAGCGGCUGGCUUCCUCUUCGCCUUCUUUGCCAACAGCCCUCACUGGGUCUCCAGGAGGUACUGAAGUCUCAGUGGCUCCCCGAGCCGGCCUCGGACUGUUCUGACAGCCGGCGCCCGACUGGAUCAGCAUCACCCUCUUCCGCUCCCCUCCCGGCCUGGGUCCCGCGCGCUCUCUCCUCUCCCGCGCUGCCCUCUCGCCCUCUCCAGGGACGCGCGCUCCCGUGUUGGUUCCGGACCUGGAGUCUGAGCCGCCUGGGCUAACAACCCGCGGGGCGGCUCGCAACCGGCUGAGGCAGACGCACCCGGGAACCCGAGGCCGGGGCAGGGUCCCCGCGCCCUGCGGAGUGGCCUGUGAUUGGAGGAAGAGCCUGUGCCGGUGCGGCCCGUGCAGGUGCCAAACGGGUGGCUCGGGUCUGCCCCGCGCGCCGAGCUGCGCGCACUGGGUCCCGAAGCGCCCGCGGGCGCCGGGCCACCGAGCGCGUGUCCUUUCGGAUGCAAACGCCCAGGUUCCUGGCGCCUGACGCCGCCGGGAGGUCAGCGAGGCCCCAGGUACCUAUUACACCAUUCCUUGGCAAAGACUUUUCAGCAGCGGUGACCUCUUCCAAUCCAACACUCUACAAAUUAUUAUCUCUGGACUCCCAGCUGACACCCUGCCGGAGGCAAGAGCUCCUAAGCCAACUGGAACUGUGCCUCUUCUCUUGUCAAGGUUUUUUUCUUACACAGGAAAAAGAAAGAAAAAAAAAAAGAUGAAGUUGGGUAAAGUGGAGUUCUGCCAUUUCCUGCAGCUCAUAGCUCUUUUCCUGUGUUUUUCUGGGAUGAGUCAAGCAGAACUCUCAAGGUCAAGAUCCAAACCCUACUUCCAAUCAGGGCGCUCCAGGACCAAGCGCAGCUGGGUGUGGAAUCAGUUCUUUGUGCUGGAAGAGUAUAUGGGUUCGGACCCUCUCUAUGUAGGAAAGCUUCACUCUGAUGUUGAUAAAGGAGAUGGUUCCAUCAAAUACAUCUUGUCAGGCGAAGGGGCAAGUUCCAUUUUCAUUAUUGAUGAGAACACUGGGGAUAUUCAUGCUACCAAGAGACUUGAUCGCGAGGAGCAGGCCUACUACACUCUCCGAGCUCAAGCGCUGGACAGGCUCACCAACAAACCCGUGGAGCCUGAAUCAGAGUUUGUCAUCAAAAUCCAGGAUAUCAAUGACAAUGAACCCAAGUUUUUGGAUGGGCCUUACACAGCAGGAGUUCCUGAAAUGUCUCCUGUAGCUUUACAGGAACUGGAUUUUGAAGCCAAAACAAGUUACACACUACGAAUAGAAGCUGCAAAUAAAGAUGCCGACCCCCGGUUUCUAAGCUUGGGGCCAUUCAGUGACACAACCACCGUGAAGAUAAUUGUAGAAGACGUGGAUGAGCCUCCCGUGUUUUCUUCGCCCUUGUACCCCAUGGAGGUCUCAGAAGCUACCCAAGUUGGCAAUAUCAUUGGCACUGUAGCCGCUCAUGACCCAGAUUCUUCCAACAGCCCUGUGAGGUAUUCAAUUGACAGAAACACAGAUUUGGAGAGAUACUUUAAUAUUGAUGCCAACAGUGGAGUUAUUACUACUGCCAAAUCUUUGGAUCGAGAGACAAAUGCAAUUCAUAACAUCACAGUUCUUGCAAUGGAGAGCCAGAAUCCAUCCCAGGUAGGAAGAGGCUACGUGGCCAUCACUAUACUGGACAUCAAUGACAACGCCCCCGAAUUCGCCAUGGACUACGAAACCACCGUCUGUGAAAAUGCCCAGCCAGGGCAGGUUAUCCAGAAGAUCAGUGCCGUGGACAAGGACGAGCCAUCCAACGGACACCAGUUUUACUUCAGCUUAACCACGGAUGCCACAAAUAACCACAACUUUUCGCUGAAGGAUAACAAAGACAACACGGCCUCCAUCCUCACCAGAAGGAACGGCUUCCGGAGACAAGAGCAGUCGGUGUACUACCUGCCCAUCUUCAUCGUGGACAGUGGGUCCCCGUCUCUCAGCAGCACCAACACGCUCACCAUCCGCGUCUGUGACUGCGACUCCGAUGGCGUAGCCCAGACCUGCAACGCCGAGGCCUACGUCCUGCCUGCUGGCCUCAGCACGGGGGCCCUGGUGGCCAUCCUGGCCUGCGUCCUGACCUUGCUAGUGCUGAUCCUUCUUAUCGUAACCAUGAGAAGGCGGAAAAAAGAGCCCCUGAUUUUUGACGAAGAGAGAGAUAUUAGAGAAAACAUCGUCAGGUACGAUGACGAGGGCGGGGGAGAGGAAGACACAGAGGCUUUUGACAUGGCUGCACUGAGGAACCUCAACGUCAUCCGUGACACCAAGACCCGUAGGGAUGUGACUCCAGAAAUCCAGUUCUUGAGUCGACCGACUUUUAAGAGCAUCCCAGAUAAUGUGAUUUUUCGGGAAUUUAUUUGGGAGAGACUGAAAGAAGCUGAUGUUGACCCAGGGGCUCCCCCCUAUGAUUCUCUGCAGACCUAUGCCUUCGAAGGGAAUGGCUCAGUCGCUGAGUCACUCAGCUCUUUGGAUUCCAUCAGCUCAAACUCUGAUCAGAAUUAUGACUACCUAAGUGACUGGGGACCUCGCUUUAAACAUUAA